AUGCUCACGAAAUCUCUCACGCUGCUCGCCCUCCUCGCUUUGUCUAUUGUAUCUUCGCGCCCUAUCGACAUGUCUGACGGGGAUGAUGUUGAUGGGCCAUACCUGGCUCGGGGCGGGUCUGUUACGGUGUCUCCUACCGGCACGGCCAAGAACGCGGAGGAGAGUGGGGGUCAUGACGAAGAUGAUGGGGAAGACGAGGAUGAGAAUGAGGAGGACUAUGGGACAGAGUCUGUCAGCUUCACCGAAUCUGCCACCUCAGCGUCAAAGUCAUCAUCCGCCAACGACGAUGAGAGUGCUUCGGUCAGCGUGUCUUUCGUGAGACAGAGGGCGAUUGCGACGGGGUCUGUCAGUGUCAGCUCUUCUGCUGUUUCUCUGGCCGCCAGUCAGCCUGUCACGCCUAUCCCCUCCAAGGCAUCUGCUACACCAACCCUUCCGACUGCCUCGGCCCAGACCUCUUCCUCUUCCUCUUUCGCACCUACACCCACCCCUUCUGCCAGUCCCAGCAGCGCGACCCACUCUCAAUCCCACUUCAGCCCCAGAUCUACUUUCAGCUCCCUCGCCCCCUCUGGCACCGCUAUCAACAGUACCCUCGCCGAGCCCACCGGAAGCCUCGAGUCCUUUUCAGACCCCGUCGGCGUCUCCGUCUCCACAUUCAUCGUCGUCUUUGUCGGCACCGUCAUCGCUCUCUUGGGCAUGCCUCUCCUGAUAUGUCUUGCUCCCGCCGUCAAGAGAGGACAUGUUGCGAACAAGGAAUGGAAGGGCAAGCGACUUGGGAGCGAGUCGUACUGGUCGAGCCGAGGAAGCUCGUUGAGGACCCAGUCGGCUUUGGACUCUCACUCCAAUAUCGGAUCGAGUGCGGGUAAUUCGGACAAAAUCCCACAGGUGGCGACGCCGAGCACAAUGUUGGGGUUUACGCCCACGAUUGUGAUUUCUGAUAGGGAUAUUGAGAGAGGGCCAUUCGAGUAUCCCAUUUUUACUGAGAAGGCUGCGAUGACGGAGAGCAGGGCUUGA